AAAAUAAAGGGGAGGGGGGUUGGGGGAUGUAGCAUUUAAUUCCCAGCACCAAAAUAAAUAUUAAAUGAAUAAAAUAAGGGUAAAUGGCCUUCUGAAGGGGUGGCAGGGGGAAAGUCCUUCAAAAGCAUUAUGGUAGGGCAAAUUACCACAGGACAUUAAGGAUGAUUUGUACGUUUUUAUUUUUGACUCUUGCCCUCAUUCAGCCUUUUGUCUUUGUAUAUUCCUUUCAGAUUCUGCUCUGAGAGUGGUAGAGGCAAGGGUUCCUCUACUGUGAUCUUUGCUAUAACUUCAUGGAAUUAAUUGUUCUUUUAACUCGGGGACUUGUCUCGUUUUAAAAUAUGGAAUAAGAAUGUACUGCACAACUCUUGGCAGUUUGGGAGUCUGUGCCCACAUAUCUCUUUUAAUAGGCAGCAGAUAUUGCCUCAAGGAAACCAAGUGCCUGCAGUUGGGAAGGUAACACAGCUCAUUUGUCAGUGACAGCUGGUCUAGAGUGUCGAUCCAUUCAUUCUAAAUAAUACCAGCAAGCCCAAUCUUCAAAGUCUACUGGUACGGGACCCGGGUGAGUCUCCCAGGGGCCUGUGGGGGACGGACAGAAUAGGUAAGCAGAAGAGCACCCAGCAAUCAAGAGCCAAAGUGAACCUAGCCAAGAACCAUGCGAUUUUCUUCCGGUACAAUAGUGCGUUCGCUUCAGUUCCCUUGAAAUAAAGGCGGGGUCAGACUUGGCUGCAGCAGCUGAUUGAACACAAUGAGAACUUCUAGGCCUAUCAAAGAGUACUACGUGGGCGGGGCUGCAGCUGCGGGUACAGCCAGGAGCAGGCGCAGAUCUGCUCUGCCCGGCUAAGGACUGGGGGUGCGGGGGAGGGGGCAGGGCUGGGUGUCGCGGGAUGUCCUGAAGACCGGGUUGGCAGCACUGGGGACAAGCUCGGGACAGGUGGCACGGAGCAGUCACCGUGGAACCUCAGCUAGGGGGGCACAGGAGAGGCCGAGCUCGGUUGCGUGGGGCGGGGAACCCCAGUCAUCGGGCUUGCAGCAACCUCCGCAGGCCCUGCUCGCCAUGGGGGAGGUGGAGAUCUCCGCCAGGGCCUACGUGAAGAUGUGCCUGCACGCAGCCCGGUACCCGCACGCUGCGGUCAACGGGCUGCUGCUGGCACCAGCGCCGCGGUCCCGAGAAUGCCUGUGCCUUACCGACUGUGUGCCCCUCUUCCACAGUCACCUGGCCUUGUCAGUCAUGCUGGAGGUCGCCCUCAACCAGGUGGAUGUGUGGGGCGCGCAGGCCGGUCUUGUGGUGGCUGGGUACUACCAUGCCAAUGCAGCUCUGGACGACCAGAGCCCUGGGUCCCUGGCCUUGAAAAUCGCUGGGCGAAUUGCAGAAUUCUUCCCUGAUACAGCACUUAUUAUGUUAGAUAAUAAGAAACUGGUGCCUCAGCCUCCUGUGCCUCCGGUUAUCGUCCUGGAGAACCAAGGUCUCCGCUGGGUCCCCAAAGACAAGAACUUAGUGAUGUGGAGGGACUGGGAUGAGUCACGGCAAAUGGUGGGAGCACUACUGGAGGGCCGGGCCCACCAGCACCUUGUGGACUUUGACUGCCACUUUGAUGACAUCCGGCAGGACUGGACCAACCAGCAGCUCAACAGCCAGAUCACCCAGUGGGUGGGUCCCACCAAUGGAAAUUCCUGAGCUAGGGUCAGGGAGGCUGGAUCCAAUAAAGAGACUUGGGCUGGUGGGCAA